CGGAGCGGAGCCCGGCGGGGCAGCCCAGCCGAGCCGAGGAUGGGCAGGGAGCCCCGGCCGCAGCCGCCCCCCAGGAGAUGAAUUAAAAUGCAGCACACCACGUGCACAGAGGACAGGAUCUACCACGCACUGGAAAGAUGUCUACAUGGGCUUAGCAGAGAUGCUGUCUCCAGCAGAUGGGCUGCAGGGCUGUGCCUGAACUGCUGGAGCCUGCAGGAGCUGGUGAGCCGAGACGCUGGCAACUACCUCAUCCUCGUGGAGAAGAUCCUUGGCAAGACCAAAGAGGUGCAGGAGAAGUGCGACUACGACCUGGUGACGCCCCUGGCUCUGCUCUUCUACUCCGCCGUCCUCUGUGCUCCUCACUUCCCGCCGGGCUCCGACCUGCUCCUGAAAGCUGCCAGUGUGUACCACAGCUUCCUGACCUGGCCUGUGCCCUACUGUGACAUCUUCCGUGAGCUGCUCACCUUCAUCAGCAAUGAGCUGAGGGCCCCUGGGAUCACUUUCCAGAGGCUGGUGAGGACAGAGCAGGGGCUGCCUGUGAAGAACUACCAGAGCUCCACUGUGACGGUGCUGCUGCUCAACCGCUCCGAGGUGCAGAGCGAGUUCCUCUCCAUCGCCGAGAAGCUGAGUGCCAGUGAGCACCCCCAGCACGCCACGCUCGUCCUGCUCCUCGAGCACCUCUACCAGGCCAACUUUGGCACCUGCUGCGACCUGGACAGCCUGCACCACCUCCUGAAGUCCAAGACGCUGGAUGAGCUGUCGGAGAUCUACUCCAGUGCCGCCGACGCGCAGGAGAUCGCGGCCGCCAGCAGCGACCCCGGGCUGGCCCGGGAGCGGCUCCAGUCUGUGCUCAGGGACAUCGCUGGGGCCGCCUCCUUUCCUGCCAUCACGGGUGAGGCUCAGCCCCACAAGCUCCACACCAUCCCCAUCCCUGCCGCCCGCUGCUACACGUACAGCUGGGACCAGGAUAACUUCGAUAUCCUCAAUGAUGUCCUCAGCAAGGAGUGCAGCGUUGUGGAGCCCAUGGCCUCGGAGAACGAGGAGGAGGAUGAAGAGGAGGAGGAUGUGGAAACCGACGGCUGCUCCCCUGAGCGGGACUCGCUGCUUUCCCCCCUCUGUGCCAUUUCCAGUGACUCCGUGUACUCUGUGCUGUCAGAGGAGGGAUCUAAGCCCUCGCGAAUGUCCCUCUUCACCUCCUCCAAGGACUCCAUCUCGGAGCUGACAGUGGUCUCCAGAAAGUCCCUGAAGUCGUUCGUCUCCAGCCUGAAGGACUGCAUGGACAGCGGGUACGCAGAGGACAGCGACGAGAGCUCCCUGGACAUGGUGGGGAGGACGGAGCUGAAGGCGGAGAAGGCCCACCACAAAUACAGGCAAACUCUGACCACCAAGAUCUACAGACUGUUCAAGAGCAAAAGCCAGCUGGUGCUGAGGAGGGAGCUGAAGGACUGCCCGGACACGGGCUCGCUGUCGCUGCCGCUGCGCCGUGCCGAGAGCCUGUGCGCGUCGCAGGCCCGGCUGCGCGUCCCGGCGCGCUCCCGGCGCGCGCACUCGCUGCCGCAGCACGUGCUGAGCCAGCGCCUGCCGGCCCCGCUGGCCCCCCGGCACCUCAGCCUGCCCCGGCGGCCCUUCCUCAGCUACGACGAGGACACCAAGGUGUCCACCCUGCGUGUCGUGGUGUUCGGCUCCGACCGCAUCUCGGGGAAGGUGGCCCGAGCCUACAGCAACCUCAGGCUCAAGGAGAGCACCUGCCCCUCACUGACAAGGUACUUCAAGCUGCAGUUUUUCUACGUCCCGGUGAAGAGGAGCUGCUUGGCUCCCUCGACGCCCCUGAUGCAUCAUCCCUCCCCAGCCCUGGGGGACCCACAGCUCCGGGCACAGGAUCCCACCUCGGCUGGGAUGGAGAGCAGCACUAACGACAUCUCCCACUACAUCGGUGUGUUGGACCCAUGGUACGAGCGCAACGUUCUUGGGCUGAUGAACCUGCCCAUGGACGUCCUGUGUCAGUCUGCCAAGCCGGAGGCUGAGCCCCAGGAGGACUCCCAGGAGCAGCUGCCCAUCCUGGCAGACAUGAUCCUCUACUAUUGCCGCUUCGCCACACGCCCCGUCCUGCUGCAGCUCUACCAGACAGAGCUCACCUUCAUCGGGGGAGAAAAGAUGACCGAAGUCUUCAUCCAUUCCCUCGAGCUGGGCCACUCAGCAGCCACACGGGCCAUCAAGGCAUCAGGUCCAGGCAGCAAAAGGCUGGGCAUAGAUGGAGACAGGGAAGCAAUCCCACUAACACUACAGAUUGCCUACAGCAAGACAGCUGUCAGUGGAAGAAGUCACUGGAAUGAUGUUGAGAAGGUCUGCACGUCUGUCAACCUUAGCAAAGCCUGCAAGAAGUAUGAAGAACUUGCCUCAAAGACAGAGUGUCUCAACUUAACCAUGACAGAGGUGGUCAAAAGGCAAAACUCCAAAUCCAAAAAAAGUUUCAAUCAGAUCAGUGUGUCCCAGAUAAAAGUAGACAAGGUGCAGAUUAUCGGUGUCCAGUCCUCCUUUGCUGUGUGCCUGGACCAGGAUGAGCAGAAGAUCCUGCAGAGUGUAACCAGGUGUGAGAUCUCUGUGUGCUACAAACCCAGGGACAGUGAUCCCUUUGCACUGAGAGGGUGCUCUCUGCCUGCCCAGGACCCCUCUGAGUUCCACUCUCUCCUGUGUUUACCCAUUGCCACCUUCAGUGGAGCACUGCCUUGAAGACCCCUGUGUCCUUCCAGACCAGAGUCCCAUCCCACACCAAUCCAGGCUCAGGAAAAGGAAGCUGACUGUCCUCCUUUGGACACCCAGCCGUGCUCGUCCAAGACGUCCUGUAGCUGAAGUGUUAUUGUGGUGGCUGAGCUGCUCCUGGUCUGGGCUUGGCCCAUCCUUGGGAAAUGGGAACGUUGGUGGUGUGCUCUGGUAUCUCUCAGGAUUCCUCAGCAAUGGGAAGAAAGUGCUUUCCUUGAGAUCUCCACCUGGUUCAGCCAACUGGCAACACCUGGGUGAAGAGGGCAAGGCAAGGACGGGGGGAUUGUCCUGCCAGCAAAAGGUGCUGUGGCUGUGUUUGACAGUGAUUGCAAGGCCAGUGGGAUCUGGGGUGGGGAAAGUGAGCUCAUGGGGGGAUAUUUUGGCCAAUGAAUGUCCUUGGCUGAGUGGUGGUAGGUGUCCUGCAAUGUGUGUGCAGUUACAGAUCACCCAGCUGGUGCCAUUUCACCUGUAACAGGUCGAGGAUGCUCAGGGCAGUUCUUUGGGGAUGGGGAUGGGCUUUCUCAAGGUUUCCUUUAAAUUCUGAAGGUUGGGUGUCUUGCAGACAAGCAGAGCAACCCAGCUGCAGCCCAGCAAGCCCCCAGCAUGGGCUGUAGACUGCUGUGUGUUCCAGUGAACUGAGUGCCAUAGGCCAUUCCAGGGCAUGGACAGCAUGUCGUGUAUCUGUGUAUUUAAUGGACAUCCAGGACCUGCAGGAGAGGAGUUUCCAAUUUCUGCAGAAUCUCAGCAUUCACCCAUGAGUAUUCCCUGUUCAGCCUCUGGUCUUGCUUCCUGCUCCCCAGCACAGUUUGCUGGAGACACCCCAGAGGCUGAAUCUUCAAUAGCUGCUUGAAAUACAUCCGGAACCAUGCUGAACUCAGGGAGGGAGGGGAGCACUAGGGAAACCAUUAGGAUUGCCUUAAGCUCACCUGAAGAGGCACCUUUGAUAGAGAAAGACCCAGCACCAGAACCACUAAUGACACUUGCAAGGGACAAUAGGAUUUGAGAUCCCUCUCCCUGGCAAAAGGCAUUCUUCCCUCUUCCUUCUCUCUGCAAGGCUGUAGGUACAGAAAGGUGCAAUAUUUGGGGGUAUUUAGAGGUAUUCUGACCCAAUGAGCAAAAAAAUAAGAUGGGAAAAGCCUUUCAAGC